AUGUCCUGUGAAGAUGAGCAUCAUCAUAGCCACGGAAGCCAUGGAAAUAAUAACCACGACCAUGACCAUAGUCACGUAGCACCUAUCCCUACAUCAUCGUCCCAAACGCUCAAUUCUAAAAUUGACACAUUUAAAGUAUCAGCAUUAAACAUGGCAAACGCACCCGGUGAACUAGCAAAGGUAUUCAAGACACCAGAUAAGAAGUAUGAAAUUCGUCCCGUAAUCAAAUCAGACUGCGAUGAGCAACUUAUUAUAAACAUUCCAUUCCUAAAUGGAAGUGCAAAAUUGUACUCAUUGAUACUCCGCACAAAUGGUAAUUCAUACUGUCCAAAAACAAUCAAGCUAUUCAAAAAUGACAAGAUGAUUGAUUUUGAUAACGUUGAACUAAAGAAACCAGUUCAAACAAUCACCCACCCUCGGGUUGGAGUGGCUGAUGACGUUGAUGAAACAGAGGUUAUUGUUGAAUCAGACAACGAUUUUGUGGAACAUUUCCUUCAGAGACAUAAAUUUACUGGUGUACAACAGUUAACAGUUUUUAUAUCCGAUAUAUACGAUGAAAGUGAAGACCAGUGUCGCAUCCAUUCAAUUGAAUUAAGAGGAGAGUUUACAGAAUUGAAUAAAGAUCCAGUGAUUACAAUUUACGAACUGGCAGCCAACCCAGCAGAUCAUAAGAAUUUAACAGCUGCUGAGCAUCAAAAUAACAUCCAAUUUGGUAGUUAA